AUGGCGCAGCACCCCACGUACACGAUGGCUGCGCUACUAGCAAGCGGCGGCGUCUUCGGCUACCUCAAGACCAAGAGUGUUCCAUCGCUGGUGGCAGGCUUGACGCUUGGUGCGAGCUUCGGCAUGGCUGGGUAUCUUCUGCAAAAGGGCGAGAUGGUGAAUGGCCACGGCUUGGCUCUGCUCGCGUCCACGAUCACAAUGGGCAGCAUGGGGGCGCGUGCGAUGCGCAGCAAAAAGCCGCUUCCAGUGACAGUCGCGUCCCUCGGAGCGCUGUCGGCUGCGUAUCAUGCGCAGCGCUUUACCGACUGGAUCGGCCAAGAGUAA